AUGCCGCAUAAUUCCUGUUCAAUGCAGCAUAAUUCCUGUUCAAUGCUGCAUAAUUCCUGUUCAAUGCCGCAUAAUUCCUAUUCAGUGCCGCAUAAUUCCUGUUCAAUGCAGCAUAAUUCAUGUUCAGUGCCGCAUAAUUCCUGUUCAAUGCCGCAUAAUUCAUGUUCAGUGCCGCAUAAUUCCUGUUCAAUGCCGCAUAAUUCCUGUUCAAUGCAGCAUAAUUCCUGUUUAAUACCGCAUAAUUCCUGUUCAAUGCCGCAUUAUUCCUGUUCAAUGCCGCAUAAUUCCUGUUCAAUGCAGCAUAAUUCCUUUUCAGUUCUGCAUAAUUCCUGUUCAAUGCCGCAUAAUUCCUGUUCAAUGCCGCAUAAUUCCUGUUCAAUGCUGCAUAAUUCCUGUUUAAUGCCGCAAAAUUCCUGUUAA